AUGGUCGAGAAGAGCCCCAGACCAGUUAGGUGGUACAGGCGGCUUUGGCUCAGCCCUAUCGGCAAUACGCUGCGACUUAUAGCCGCAGCUUACGCUAUCUGGAACCCCACACGCAUCACAGCGCUGACAUCAGCAUCAUCAUCCUGUACAUCGUCCCACCGAUUUCGACUUCUAGGUACAUCGCAUUCAACAAAGAACAACUGGCUGAACACGCCCAAGAUGACGGAGCUUCUUGAUCUAUGCUACGAUGUCCUAAUACGAAUCCUAGAAGAAAUCAAUACCGAAGAUCUAGCGGCCUGUGCACUUACCUCGAAAGCCUUCCAUGAAUUCAUCAAGAAGAACUCAAGACUCUACAAAGCGCAUUAUCUUCGGAACUUUGACGAUCCGCGACGAAGACCGGGUGAUCCGGACCCGGAGUGGAUAGGGGAUUUACAGAAGCUUGUCAAGUGUCGGAAGAUACUUGAGAGUGCAAAUAAUGAUGUCAAGGUCAGCCAAAAGUCCCUCUGUAAACACACAAAAUCAAGAGCGAGACUGAUGAUCAAAUCGCAGCGCGACGAGUUUGAUUUUGUUGCAACUACCGUGGACAGUCUGAUUGCGUCGGCUUCGGCGGACGAAUUCGGCGAGUCACGCAACCAGAAACUAAUCACACAGCUCUUCCAACACAUCCAGCAAAACCACGAUGCAUUCAUGUGCCGCUCCUCCCUCUUUGGCCGAGUGGAGAAGUGGAAUCACAGGCCUGUCCAAGACCAUGAAGGCCGACAGUUGAGUGCGAAGCUACAUUGCAUGUUUGGUAUCCCGGCCACGAAUGCUGGCCGAAGAGUGCUCCAAACCCACCCCUAUGCUCGAUCGCGCGUCUACGACCUGCGCAACUACAAUGAGAAGACGGCGUGGGGACCCUUCCGUAAUGAUGGUAGCAUGCGUGUUGAUUGGGAAAUGGUGGAGAGCAUAAUGGUCGUCUUAGCCUACAACUCUGGCCUUUGCUGUCGACGCUUCCUUCAGCGAUUCCGCCCACCGUGGUCAGAGCCCCUGGAAGGCGUGAUUCCAGAUCGUGCAAAGAUCAUGCCAGAGUAUCCCUUGAAAUUGCUCAAACAGCCGGACAUUCCACUGCAACUCAAGGACCCGUACAACAUCUCCGGAAUCUGGUCGCGGGUCGUCUGUUUCCUAGACUACAACGACCUCUACACCUUCAAUUUCAGCCCCGCAGCAACCAGAGUUCCAGCCGACCAACCCCGAGACACACUGACCACCGAAGAAGCCACCCGCCACAUCAUCAUGGACCUCCAAGUCACCGCCGUCCUGGAACCAGGCGAAUUCGACAACCCCAGUCUGCCUAUUGUCGAAUUUACAGGGAAAUCCCGCUCUGUAGAGGCCCAUUGGGAUCCAAACGCGAAUUCCAAGAUUCGCGGCUCUGUGCGUCUGACACAGGAGGGUGAAGUGCGGUGGAAGACCAUCUCUGUGUUUUACGGUGGUGAAGAGCGCUGGCGCAGCGACGGCAUCCAGGUCGGCGGCCUGAGGUCCCAGCGCGGUGUCAUCGGUACCUGGUUCGACAAGGACUACGAUGAACAUGGUCCAGCUGGCCCGACUGUGUUUUGGAAAAUCUGCGAUCGACACCAUGACGAGCCGUAUGACGAUGAUUCGGAGGAUGACGAGGAAGAGGAGGAAGGGAAUUGGCAUUUUUGA